GAAGAUGCGCAUGCGUGUAGCCCCAUGGAGGCGGUAGCUGCUUCGUCGCUGUGACUGGAGGCCGAGUGCUAAACUGUGUGGGGCACGGAUGGGAUCCAGCUGUUAGUCGCUUUGUGUUAUUCUUGGAAAAUUUCGCACCACUUGUGAAUUCCUUGAGCCUGGGCAUUGCAAACCCACUUCUGUUGGGCCCAUCUCCUUUGCACUUUGCUCAGAUUAAGACUCAGUUGGCGCUUCAGCAGCUGAAUGCCGUUGCCUCACAUGGUUCAACACCACCUUAUACUUUAUUAAAUCAGGCAUUCUUGAAAGUAGCCAUGUCGAGACCCAGGUUUAAUCCUCGAGGGACCUUUCCACUUCAAAGGCCACGAGCACCUAAUCCUCCUGGGAUGAGGCCUCCAGGACCAUUUGUGAGGCCUGGAUCUAUGGGUCUUCCGAGAUUUUACCCAGCAGGGAGAGCCCGUGGAAUUCCACACAGAUUUCCUGGCCACGGAUCUUAUCAGAACAUGGGACCACAAAGAAUGAAUGUUCAGGUAACUCAACACCGAACUGAUCCAAGAUUAACCAAAGAAAAAUUGGAUUUUCCUGAAGCACAACAAAAGAAGGGGAAGCCUCAUGGUAGUCGGUGGGAUGAUGAGCCUCAUGUAACUCCACCGGUAGAAGUGAAACAGAGUUCUGUAACCCAGGUUACAGAGCAAAGUCCUAAAGUACAGAGCCGCUAUACAAAAGAGAGUGCUUCAAGUAUUUUAGCAAGUUUUGGAUUAUCAAAUGAAGACUUAGAAGAACUUAGUCGCUAUCCUGAUGAACAGCUAACUCCUGAAAAUAUGCCAUUAAUAUUGAGGGAUAUAAGAAUGCGAAAAAUGGGCCGCCGAUUACCUAAUUUACCUUCUCACAGCAGAAAUAAGGAAACACUUAGUAAUGAAACAGUUUCAAGUAAUGUGAUUGAUUAUGGGCAUGCAAGCAAAUAUGGUUAUACAGAAGAUCCACUUGAAGUACGUAUUUAUGAUCCUGAAAUUCCAACUGAUGAAGUCAAGAAUGAAUUUCAGCCUCAGCAGAGCAUUUCUGCAACUGUUUCCACUCCAAAUGUGAUAUGUAAUUCUGUGUUUCCUGGUGAAGAUGUGUUUCGUCAGAUGGACUUUUCUGGUGAGUCCUCCAGUCAGUCUUUUUUCCCAGUUGAGAGUGGAACCAAGAUGUCAGGCUUACACAUUUCAGGACAGUCAGUCCUUGAACCUGUAAAAUCCAUCAGCCAGUCUAUUAGCCAAACAGUUAGCCAGACAACGAGCCAGUCUCUGAAUCCUCCAUCUGCGAGCCAGCUAUCCUUUUCAUUUGAAUUAAGUUCAGUUUUAAAGCAAGAGCGGAUCUCACAGAAGUCUGUGAUCAGUUCAGCUGAUGCACAUGGACCUAAAGGAAGUAAAAAGAGUUACCAAUCAGAGGCUGAUUUGCCUAUUCGGUCUCCCUUUGGGAUUGUGAAAGCUUCAUGGCUACCAAAAUUUACACAACCUGGUGCCCAGAAAAUGAAGAGACUGCCAACCCCUUCUAUGAUGAAUGAUUAUUAUGCAGCAUCUCCAAGAAUAUUUCCACAUUUGUGUUCUCUGUGUAACGUAGAAUGUAGUCAUUUGAAGCCCUGGGUUCAAUCAGAAAGCACAUCAGAAUACUUCCACCAUAUUGAGAGCUGUCGGCAGUUACGUCAACUAGAGACCAUUUUCUUCCCUUUUUUUUUUUACAGGCGUGAUAAGUCCAAUAGGAAAUAAAAUGAAACUCCAAGAAGACGUUCUCAUUCUCCCAGUCCCAGGACUUCUAGGAGAUCAAGCUCAUGUCACAGAGUCCUUCGAUCUCGAAGUCCAGUUCGUUAUAUCUAUAGACCAAGGAGUCGAAGUCCAAGAAUUUGUCACCGCUUCAUUUCUAAAUAUAGAUCCAGAUCUAGAUCCCGUUCCCGAUCCCGAUCCAGAUCCAGAUCCAGAUCCAGAUCCAGGUCCAGUCCGAAGUCCUAUCGUUCAGUUAGCCCAGAAAGGACAUCCAGACGAUCAGUGAGAUCAGAUAGAAGAAAGGCGUUAGAAAAUGGAGGACAGCGCUCUGUCCAUGGAGCAACGUUACUAAACAGAGACUACUGAACAGUUGAUAAAGGACUCUCACCAGCACAAAAGCCUAAAGUUGCCAGUGGAACAAAGCCGUCAGCGAAAUCUAUAAGCUCUGUACAAAGUGACUCACAUUUAGGGAGGGCAUUCUGCUCACAAACUAAGAAUCUUGAAGAUGACACUUUACACCGAAGGUAAACAGGUGUUUGGUAAGGUGCUUUGUUCCAGCGAAAGCCACGGAAGGAUCAGUCUUUGAGUUCCAACUCAUUCUUAAUCAGCCAUGAAGGAUCAGUCUUUGAGGAUGGCUUUACUGAAGAAGAUAUUAUAAAGCAUUUCAGCCAUUUGGGACAAUUUAGUGAUGUCCUCCUUGUUCCUUGUAGAAAUGAGGCUUACUUGGAAAUGGAGUUUAGAAAAGCAGUUAUCAUCAUGAAGUACAUUGAAACAAUGCCUCUUGUGAUAAAAGGAAGUGUGAAAGUAUGUGUGCCAGGAAAGAAAAAGCCACAGAACAAAGAAGUGAAGAAGAAACCUUCAGAUUUUAAAAAAUCAUCUGCUUUAAAAAAAGAGACAGAUGCUUCAAAAGGCAGUGAAAACUGUACUUCAGCCUCUUCUGCCAAAUCUGGACAAAUAAAAUUAUCUACAGUCAAGGUGAACAAAUCUGCAGGGAAAUCAGCGGGUUCUGUAAAAUCUGUGGUUACGGUAGCUGCGAAAGGUAAAGCUUCUAUCAAAACAGCAAAAUCUGGAAAGAAGUCUCUAGAAGCUAAAAAGUCUGGGAAUAUCAAAAACAAAGACUCCAAUAAACCUGUGACUGUACCAGCAAACUCUGAAAUCAAGGCUAGUACAGAAGACAAACCCACUGGAAAGAGUGCUGAAGAAAGUACUUCAGGUACUUUGGAGACCACAGAAAAUGAACCAGUGAGCAAGGAAACGGAAGAAAUGAGUGUAGUUUUUAUUUCUAAUUUGCCUAAUAAAGGAUAUUCUACAGAAGAAAUUUAUAACUUAGCAAAACCAUUUGGUGCUUUGAAGGAUAUUUUGGUUUUAUCAUCUCAUAAAAAGGCAUAUAUAGAAAUAAACAAAAAAUCUGCAGAUUCUAUGGUAAAAUUUUAUACCUGCUUCCCAAUAUCCAUGGAUGGAAAUCAGCUCUCCAUAAGUAUCGCUCCUGAGGAUGUGGACUUAAAAGAUGAGGAAGCUCUCUUUACAACUUUGAUUCAAGAAAGUGACCCAGAGGCAAAUAUUGAUAAAAUUUACAACCGAUUUGUACAUCUUGACAAUUUACCUGAAGAUGGACUUCAGUGUGUGCUUUGUGUUGGAAAUCAGUUUGGAAAAGUGGAUCGCUAUGUGUUCAUGAGUAACAAAAACAAGGUGAUUCUUCAAUUAGAAAGUCCUGAAUCUGCUCUGUCAAUGUACAAUUUUCUGAAACAAAAUCCACAAAACAUAGGUGAACAUGUGUUGACCUGCACAUUAUCUCCAAAGAUGGACUCAGAGGUUCAAAUGAAGAAUGAUCCAGAACUAGGAAAAGAAAGUACUUUUAGCCCUGACUUGAAAAACAGUCCUGUUGAUGAAAGUGAGGUACAAACAGCAGCUGAUAGUCCCUCUGUUAAACCUAGUGAGGUUGAAGAAGAAACUACUUCCAAUAUUGGAACAGAAACUUCAGUGCAUCAGGAAGAACUUGGUAAGGAAGAACCCAAACAAGCAUUGUGUGAGUCUGACUUUGCAAUUCAAACACUAGGACUUGAAGCUCAAGGAGCAGAGGUCAGCAUAGAAAUUCCUCUUGUAGCAUCCACUCCAGCCAAUAUUGAGUUAUUAAGUGAAAAUAUAGAUGAGUCUACUUUAAACCAGCAGAUGUACACCAGUGACUGUGAAAAGGAAGAGGCAGAAGUUACAAACCCUGAGACAGAAUUAUCAGUAUCUGACAGUGUCUUCAUAGAAGAAAGGAACAUCAAGGGAAUUCUAGAAGAUUCUCCAUCUGAAACAGAAGAUAUAGUUUCUGGAAUUGCACAGCUUAUGGUAGAAGCCACAGCUGAAGUGGAUAAACACGAAACUGUUUCAGAAGUACUACCACCUGCUUGUAUUGUAACCCAAGUACCAGGAAGUUACACUGAAGAUGAGAAGGUUGUGAGCAAAAAGGAUAUUGCUGAAAAAGGUAGUGUGGAUGAGAAGGAGGAAAAUGAAUUUAAUGCUAAGGAGUCCAGAAUGGAUUUACAAGUAAAAACAGAGAAGGCUGAGAAGAAUGAAGCUAACAUAUUUGCAGAAAAAUUGGAGAAGAUUAUAGCAGCAAUACGAGAAAAGCCAGUUGAAAGUGCUGUGAUCAAGGCAGACCUAUCUAAAGGAGCGGAUCAGACCAGUAAGCCUGAUGAACCUGGUAAAACUAGUAUGCUGACUGUAUCAAAUGUAUAUAGUAGUAAGUCAAGCAUCAAGGCUACUGUGGUCUCUUCUCCUAAAGCAAAAAGUACACCUUCAAAAACUGAAAGUCAGAACAUCUUUCCAAAGCCUGUGCUUAGAGAACAAAUAAACACUGAAAAGAAAGUUUCAGCCAAGGAAUUUGGUCUGCUUAAAAAUACCAGAUCAGGCUUGGCAGAAAGCAACAGUAAAUCCAAACCCACUCAGAUUGGUGUUAACAGAGGGUGCAGUGGAAGGAUCUCAGCCCUUCAGUGCAAGGAUUCUAAAGUGGAUUACAAGGACAUAACAAAACAGUCUCAGGAAACAGAGACUAAACCUCCCAUCAUGAAACGGGAUGACAGCAACAAUAAGGCGUUGGCUUUGCAGAACACUAAGAAUUCUAAAAGUACUACUGAUAGAAGUUCCAAAUCGAAAGAGGAACCAUUAUUUACAUUUAAUUUGGAUGAAUUUGUUACUGUGGAUGAAGUCAUAGAAGAAGUAAAUCCUUCUCAAGCCAAGCAGAAUCCAUUAAAAGGAAAGAGAAAGGAAGCACUCAAAAUUUCUCCUUCCCCUGAACUUAACUUAAAAAAGAAAAAAGGGAAAACUUCUGUCCCUCACAGUGUUGAGGGAGAGUUGUCCUUUGUAACAUUAGAUGAAAUAGGGGAGGAAGAAGAUUCAGCCACGCAAGCUCUCGUGACUGUGGAUGAAGUCAUUGAUGAAGAAGAGCUCAACAUGGAAGAAAUGGUAAAAAAUUCUAACUCCCUUCUUACAUUAGAUGAACUAAUUGACCAAGAUGAUUGCAUUCCCCAUAGUGCACCUAAAGAUGUUACUGUCUUGUCCAUGGCUGAAGAACAGGAUCUCCAACAGGAGCGCUUGGUAACUGUGGAUGAAAUUGGAGAAGUAGAAGAGGCAGCAGACAUAACUUUUGCUACUUUGAAUACUAAAAGAGAUAAAAGGGAUUCUAUUGGGUUUAUUUCUUCCCAGAUGCCUGAAGACCCUUCUACUUUAGUUACUGUAGAUGAAAUACAGGAUGACAGCAGUGAUUUUCACUUAAUGACUCUGGAUGAAGUAACUGAAGAAGAUGAAGACUCUCUGGCUGAUUUUAACAACCUUAAAGAAGAGUUGAAUUUUGUUACUGUGGAUGAAGUUGGAGAUGAAGAGGAUGGAGACAAUGAUUCCAAAGUUGAGUUAGCACAAGGCAAAAGUGAGCGCCAUACAGAUAAAAAAGGAAAUAGAAAGAGGAGACCUGUGGACACAAAGAAGACAAAGCUUGAUUCUUUCUCCCAAGUAGGUCCAGGAAGUGAGACUGUUACACAAAAAGAUCUGAAAACCAUGACUGAAAGACAUUUGGCAGUUGAUGAAGCUGAAUUAAAGGAUUCAGAACCUGAUGAAAAACGCAGGAAGACUGAAGACUCUUUUGUAGGCAAAUCAGUGACAUCUGAUGUCCCUGGAGAUUUGGACUUUCUUGUUCCAAAAGCUGGAUUUUUCUGUCCAAUUUGCUCCCUCUUCUACUCAGGUGAAAAAGCAAUGGCAAAUCACUGCAAGAGCACACGUCAUAAACAAAAUACAGAGAAGUUCAUGGCCAAGCAAAGAAAGGAAAAGGAGCAGAAUGAGACUGAAGAAAGAAGCUCUAGGUGAUGGAGGAAAGGAGGAAAGAAUUCAUUAGAAAUUCAUUUAGGGUCCAGUUGAUUUGUGUAUUUUUGUUAUCAUUUAAUUUGUAAUUUUGUUUCAGAAACAUUCAUGUUGUACAAAUUUCUGAUUGCCCUUGAUGUAGAGAGACUGAUGGGAAAAUAUGAUGGGUUUGAUUUUUAUAUCAAAUCAUCAGGCAUGGAAAAAUACCUUUUAGAAGUGUUUAAAUAAAUGUUCCUACUGUAUAUUUCAA